AAACUAACAACGUACAAACUCACCUAGUUACCCAACCUACGUCUAAUGCAAGUAUACCGACCUCACCCACCGCCUAACACUACUCUAACCUGGACCAGUGCCACCCAACAACCUCAUCAUCCACAAUGUCCCUCGUAUCCUCGGCCGUCUCCCCCAGCGCCACAGCCCCUUCCUGCUCCACGGCCGACUUCACCCAAUUCCCCACCAAAGACGUCUUCUGCGCCGUCGGCAGCAUAUCCGGUGUCCCCUCCAACACAACCGACGCCCUCUCCAAGUGUUGCAAAGAUGCGCCUGUCGAAGAAUUCAAUGGCAAAUGCGGAUACUACUGCCUCAGCUACGGCCAGAAUGUUGGUGACUUGCAGAACUGCUUCAUGAAGGAGGGCGUGAACCCAAGCCAGAUAUUCUGCUCGGGAAACAACACAGCCGAGGCUACAGGUACACCGAGUGGAAGUGGUGUUGCUAGUAAGACGGGUGCGGGUGCGAGCAAGACCGGGACAAACGCGCCGGAUAAGACGGGUGCUGCGUCGGCGGUGCAGGCGCCACAGGGUGUGAGUAAGGCAGGCUUGGGUAUGUUGACUGUAUUGGUUGUCUCGGCUUUUGCUGGUACUCUGCUGUGAAGAGAGUAUGGUCAUGAGACAUGAAGUUUAUGCACAUGUGAGAAAUGUAGCUUUGAUGCUCACGAGAGAUGUCUGGUAGUUCGUUCAGAUACCAAUCAGAUCUUCCACCAGGUCCUGUUUUUGGUCACUUCUUAGUUACCAGCUUGGAAAAAAUCUUCUUGAUUACAAUUACGCCAUCUGGGAUACAAUAUCGCAACGUCCAAGCU